UUUUUUCUGAAUUACGCAAAACAAACGAUUCAAAAAUGAAUUUUAAGAAGAAUAAAGAUGUUAAACGUGCAUCAUAUUAUGUAUGGUUUUUGGGAGCCAAAGAAUCAAAAGGUUUACGUGGUGAUGAAUAUGUACAACCAGUGUUGAAUUAUCUAAUUGAUAAUGAAUGUGAUUUAGAGCCAUCAAAAGUAACCUUACAGAUUUCAUCAAAAGGAUUGAAAAUCAUACAAAUAUUAACGAUACCAAGAAAAUCUGGUAAACUAAAUCCAGAUCAACAAUUACAAUUAUUUGUAGCAACAACCGGUAAUUCGGAUCCAUUGUCAUCAUCAUCAUCAUCAUCGGUGAUGAAAAGUGAACAAGUAAAACAUCAUAUACCACAUGAUUCAAUUUCAUGGGUUUAUCAAGAAGAUGAUGUUAUCUGUGCCAUAUUAUUAUUAUACAAUCCAAUCACUCGUUGUCCGGUUCAUAUCCAUGCUUAUCGUUGUGAUUCGAUUCAAACGGCAAAUAAUCUACACCAACAAUUACAAACAUUAAUCGAUCGACCGGAAAAUCAGAAAAAAUUUCGUGAAAUUGAAAUGCGUUUAGCGGCAAAAGGAUUACUAAUACCACCACCAUCACAAUCAUGUGGUCCAUUGCCACUUGCACCAUUACCGUUACCUCCAUCAUCUAAUUGUCAUCAUCCUAGUUCAUUAUUCGAUGAUUGCUCUGAUCCACGUGGAUCCAUGCCAUACGAUCAUCAUCAUCAUCAUGAUCCACUAUUAAAACGAUCAUAUCAAAGUAAUUCACCUUCAGCAAGCAAAACAUUGAAUUCAGAUGGCCGUUCUACACAUACGGACGGUUCCGAUGAAAUAAAUUCAGAAGAAUCAAAUUCUUCUGAUCUAGGUUAUGCUAUAAAUCGUUCAUCAUCAAAUAGAAAUAAUAGCGAAUAUCGUAGUGAUUCUAAAUCAUUCAGUCAUCAUCAACUUUUUAAUCGAUCAUCAUCAUCAAAAAAUAAAUCGGCAAAAUGUAGUUCUAAAAUCAUACAAGAUGAUGGUGAACAAUCGAAUCUAUUUGAUUCAUUGGCGGCUGAACUUCGUGCCAAAUUGGGUAAUCCCAAAAUGGGUCCAUUAUUAUUACCGCCACGUGAUUAUGAAAGCCGAAAUUCCGAAAAUAAUUUAAAAUCUAUGGAUAAAAAACGAAAUCAGCAUGAUAAACAUUCAGCUCAUCAUUUAACAAGGUCCGAAUCAUCGGGUAAAUCAAAUUCAAGUGGUCUUGGGUCAGAUGAAGCCUUAUGUAAUGAUCAACAAACAGCCAGACCACGUUCAUAUUAUUUUGAUUCAUGUUCACCGGCCAACGAACCCCGUUUAUCAAAUCAUCAUCAGUCAUCCUAUUUAGAACAUCGAUAUAAUCGUGAAACAUCGGCCGAUGAUUUAGUCAGUCGUCAUAGUGAUAGUUCAUCAUCAUCAGAUGAUGAUGAUGUCGAUGUUGGUGGUGGUGAUGUCAAUCAUCAUGAAAGAUUAAAUAGUAAUCAUGGUUCAAUGGUUGAUUGUUUAGAGGUUGAUGUGGAAGAUUUCGAAGAAGAUGUCAUAUUUUCCACAACAAUUCCAUCCAUACACAAAGAAUCAAGAUCUCGUUCAAAAUCAACAUUCGAUUUGAUCAAACAAAGACCGAUGAUGCCAACAUCACAACAACAACAUCAAAAACUGUCAUCACCUACAUCAUGUAAUGAUAAUGAUUUCGAUGUCAUUAGGACACGGCAACGAUUACCAAAUCAACACGUGCAACAACAAUUUUAUAGAGAAAAGCAUUUAUUUCAUCCAUCAUCAUCACCAUUGACAAGGACAAAAGAACAUAAUAACAACAACGGUGAACAAACGGCGGCAACUAAUCUCCAUCAUUUUGGUCGUGGUCGUGACGAUCAUCAUCAUCAUCAUCAUUAUCAACAACAACAACAACAACAACAACAUGCUACUUCGGAUAAAUUGAAUCCUGAUUUUUUGCCCACAUCAUAUAAUCAUCAUAACAGUAGUAGUAGUAGUAGUAAUAGAAAGAAAUAUUAUUCUAAUCCAAAUCUUGAACCAAUAUCGAGUUCAACAACGGCCAUACAACAGCAACAAAAACGGCCAACAAUAACAAAAGAGGUCAAUAAUAAAAUCAUGCGACAACAGAUAAUUAAUGAAGUCGACAAAUCUUUGACAAACACGACAACAACAUCGGGUUUAAUUUCAUCAUCAUCUAGUGUAAUCGGUAGACGUGAACAACGAUUCAUUAAUCCUCAUCAUCAACAUCAUCGAAAUGAGGAAAAUAAUCAUUCUCGAUUAGCAAUUACAAACAAAUCAACAAAACAGCCAGCACAAAAAUUUUAUUUUGCUGAUGCAGAAUUUUCAUCAAAUUUCAGAGAUAUACAACAUGAGAAUAAUCAUUGUGCAUCAUCGUCAUCAUAUCAACGUGGACGAUCAAUGGGUCGGCUAGAUCAAUUAUUGGCAGUAAAUUCGAAUGAAAAUGAUCAUCAUCAUCAUCAACAUUCGGAUAAUUAUGGACCCAUGUCAUUGAAUUUUCAAUCAUACGAUAAUCAUCGAGCAACUAUUAUUGCCGAUAUGAAUGAUCGUUCAAUUUCACCAUAUUAUGUUCUACAACAUCAACAGGCUCCAUUGUUAUCAUCAUCAUCAUCAACACCACCAUUACCGCCAUUAUUAUCAUCAUCAAAGAAUUUGAAAAAAGAUUUAAUUAGUAAAAGAUUUGAAACACCAUCUUCAGGCAAAGAUGAUAAUAAACGCAACAUAAAUCGAACAUCACAACAACAACAACAACAAUUUAAAGAUCAUCAACGACGAAUGAUGUUCGAUCAGCCAUUUUCAAGAUAUUCAUAUAUUGAUAUGCACGAUGAUCGUAUUGAACAUGAAAGAUUUGCAGCCCUAAUGAUGGCGAAUCGUAACAAAAGAUGAUCACUUUUUUUUUAGUUUAGAAUAUAAACUUUAGAUGUUGACCAAUUUAAAUUUUUCUUUUU